UUCCUAAACCCCAAGAAAAAAAAAACAGAAAGAGAGAGAGAGAGAAGAAGAAUCGAGGAAAUGGCGCUCACGAACAGCUGCAUGAAUCUCCCCUCGUCGAAGUCAAUGAUCUGCCACCGCCAAUCAAGCUUCUCUGCCGCUCCCAGAGCAUCAUUCCUCCGAAUCUCCGCCGUCCAGACGGAUCCCAAGCCACCGAUGCAGGAGGCUCCGGUGUUGAAGACGGAGAUGGGUGGAAAUGUGAGUCGGGGGAAAUGGUCUUUUGACAGCUGGAAGUCGAAGAAGGCUCUGCAGCAGCCGGAGUACCCAAACGCGGGGGAGCUGGAGUCGGUGCUCAAGACGAUCGAGGCGUUCCCGCCGAUUGUCUUUGCCGGAGAGGCCAGACUUCUGGAGGAGCGUCUGGCUCAAGCCGCUAUGGGAGAGGCAUUCUUGUUGCAAGGCGGAGACUGUGCUGAGAGCUUCAAGGAGUUCAACGCUAACAACAUUCGUGACACUUUCAGGAUUCUUCUCCAGAUGGGUGCCGUCUUGAUGUUCGGUGGUCAGGUGCCUGUAAUUAAGUUGGGAAGAAUGGCGGGUCAAUUUGCGAAGCCAAGAUCAGAUCCAUUGGAGGAGAGAAACGGAGUGAAGCUGCCAAGUUACAGAGGGGACAACAUCAAUGGCGACGCCUUCGAUGCGAAGGCGAGGACUCCUGAUCCCCAGAGAAUGAUCAGAGCGUAUUGCCAAUCUGCAGCUACUCUGAAUCUUCUGAGAGCCUUCGCCACUGGUGGUUAUGCCGCGAUGCAGAGGGUUACUCAGUGGAAUCUUGAUUUCGCCCAGCACAGCGAGCAAGGAGACAGGUACCGGGAACUUGCUCAUCGAGUUGAUGAGGCGCUCGGUUUCAUGGACGCUGCCGGGCUGACACUCGACCAUCCGAUCAUGCAGACGACAGAGUUCUGGACGUCCCAUGAGUGUUUGCUAUUGCCGUAUGAACAAGCUCUGACUCGGCUAGACUCUACCUCUGGCCUCUACUAUGAUUGCUCUGCCCAUAUGCUUUGGGUCGGAGAGCGUACUCGACAGCUCGAUUGUGCCCAUGUCGAGUUCCUUCGAGGUGUUUCCAAUCCUCUUGGAAUUAAGGUGAGCGACAAGAUGGAUCCGAACGAGUUGGUGAAGAUUAUCGAGAUACUGAACCCGGAGAACAAGCCCGGGCGGAUAACGAUAAUUACGAGAAUGGGAGCGGAGAACAUGAGGGUUAAGCUUCCUCAUCUGAUUAGAGCAGUUCGCCGUUCGGGACAGAUCGUCACUUGGGUCAGCGAUCCAAUGCAUGGAAACACCAUCAAAGCUCCAUGCGGUCUCAAGACUCGUCCUUUCGAUGCCAUCAGGGCGGAAGUGAGAGCAUUCUUCGACGUGCACGAGCAAGAAGGAAGUCACCCCGGAGGGGUGCACCUUGAGAUGACCGGUCAGAACGUGACUGAAUGCAUCGGGGGCUCAAGAACCGUGACCUUUGAUGACUUGGGCUCGCGUUAUCACACCCACUGUGACCCGAGACUCAACGCUUCCCAGUCGCUAGAGCUCGCUUUCAUCAUCGCCGACCGUCUCAGAAAACGUCGGAUCCAAACCCAUCAGUCUUUUGCUCCCUAAGCUUGUUCUCCCAGAAAAAACAUAUAUAAACUUGUACUUGAAAAGUCUUUUGAGAGAGUGUUAUUACAUGGUGUCGAUGUCGUCGAGAUCCAUACUGCUGCUUCCGCUGAUGCCGGAGAUCUCUCCUCCGGAAUUUCGUGCUUCUUGCAGAAUCCACGAUAUCUCUUCGAUGGUAUGAGACGGUUCAUUCACGCCGUUGCUCUCCCUCUCCCAACUCCCUUCUUCCGACAUCUCCGCCGGCAAGUUCUUCAGGAACCACGGAUGGUUCUUUAUCUCUUGCAUCGUGAUUCUCUGCUCCAAUACCAAUACCAAACAUCGAGAUUUUUUUUU